ACCUCUUCACCAUCCCUGUCAUCUUCUACAGACACCGGAAAAGCCACCUCUGCCUCCACCUUAGCCCUCCCAACCUACCCCGAAGGCGGCACACGCGCCUGGUUCGUAGUUUUUGGCGCCUGGUGCGGUCUCACCGCCUCAAUCGGCAUCUACAACUCUACCGGUGUAUUCAGCAUCAUCCUCUCUUCUGUGUUGCCCUCUGCAUCGUCUUCUUCCAUCGGUUGGAUUUUUUCGAGUUAUGCAUUUGUGGUUUGGGGUACGGGUGUUUGGGUUGGUCCUUGUUUUGAUGUGUUUGGAUGCAGAGGGUUGAUGGUUGCAGGGAUGGUGUGUACGGUGUGUGGAAUUUUUGGGUUGGGUUUUUGUUCUGAGUAUUAUCAGUUGUUUCUUGCGUUUUCGCUGCUCACGGGAUUGGGAUCGAGUUUAUUGCUUACGCCUAGCAUGGCUUGUGUGGCUCACUGGUUCAACACUCGACGCGGCCUCGCCAGCGGAAUUGCUUGGACGGGCGGUGGAGUCGGCGGGAUCCUGUUUCCUUUGCUCAUCCAAGCAGUACUGCCUAGACUGGGUUGGCAGUGGAGCAUAAGGAUUGUAGGGUUUGUAUUACUCGCCCUCUGCAUCCUCAGUAUCUGUUUCUGUCGCAGCAGACUUGCGCCCCCAAUAACCAAACAAGGAACUUCGGUUUGGAGGGCUACACUACCUGAUUAUCGGAUCUUUGUGGACGGGACGGGUGUUAUGGCUGUAACCACUGCAGGAACACUGUUUACGGAUCUGGCUUAUUUUGUGCCGAUAACGUAUUUACCUGCUUAUUAUCUUGCUCGCCAACAGCAGUCUCAGACUUCCGACAAGAGCGAUGUCACAGGUUUCGGCUAUCAACUCCUGGCCAUCCUGAACGGGUCUUCGUGUCUUGGACGUCUGACUUCUGGGCUCCUGGGCGAUCGUUUUGGACACUACAAUACCAUGAUUGUUUCUCUGCUCUUCUGUUGUAUUUCCGUCCUCUGUUUCUGGAUCCCAGAUAUUUGCUCUCCACACCUCGAUACACCGGCUCUGCUCUACAUCUUUGUUAUUCUCUUUGGCUUUGUGAGUGGCAGCAAUGUUUCGCUCACACCUAUUUGUUUGGGUCAGUUGUGCGGGAUUAACGACUAUGGACGUUAUUAUGCUAGCUGUUAUACUGUUGUCGCGUUUGGAGUGUUGAUUAGUUUGCCUGCUGCGGGUGGGAUCUUGGAUGCCGUGGAGGCGCAGGGGAAAAAACAGUAUUGGGGUGUUGCUAUGUUUACGGGUCUCAGUUAUGUUACUGCUUUGUCUUGCUUUGUUUGGGUAAGAGUCAGAGUCAAGGGGUGGAAUUGGAGGGUAAAGUGG